AUGGGGGAGGAAAAGGAAAAAGAGGAGAAAGAGGAAAAGCGACUAGAAAAAGAGAUGAGAAAGAAAAGGAUGAGGAGAAGAUUGAAGAAGGAGGAACAGUGGCAAGAGGAAAAGAAGAGGGAGAAAGAGGAAAAGAGGAAGAAGAAGAAUGAGGGAAAAGCAAGAGAGCACGGAGAGAAGGAUAAAAAGGCAAAUCGGCCAGAAAAAGAACGAAGGAGAAAAAGCGACAAGGAGAGAGGAGAAAGGGAAGGACGAGGAGGAGAAGGAGAAAAAUGUGGAAGAACAAGAACAAGAAGAAUAAGGAGUAGCAAGAGGAGAAGGAGAAGAAACAUAAGGAAUGGAAGGAGAUGGAGAAAGCGGAGGAUGAGAAGCAACAGGAAAUGCAUGGGAAAAAGGAGGAAGAGAUGCAGAAGAAGAACUAGAAGACAAGGAAGAAGAAGAAUGAGGGAGGAGAAGAAAAAGGAUGAGAAGAAGAAGGAGAAACAGGAAAAUCGACAGGAAAAAGAAAGGAAGAGGAGUAGAUUGAGGAAGGAGGAGUGGCAAGAGGAGAAGAAGAGAGAGAAGGAAGAAAAGCAAGAGGAAAAACAGGAGAAAAAGGAGAGAAGAGAAGUCACUCGGAAGAUCAAGACUCGUCAAUUUGCUUGGAGGUGAUGCCUUAUGAUUGGAAGAUAAUGUAAUAGCCCCUUCUAGUUGUUGAGCUUUAUGAAAGGCCACAAAUUUGAACUCCCCUUACACCUAGCAUUCCCUACGAGGAGGAGAAGGAUGAGGAGAAAAUGGAGGAGGAUAAAAGUGAAGGAGGAUGAGUAGAUGAAAGAGAAAGAGAAGCAAGAGGAAAAACAAGUGAAGGAGGAAAAGAUGUAGAAGAUGGAGGAAAAGGAGAAAUAGAAGAGGAGGAAGAAGGGAAAAAAAGAUGAAUGAGGGCUGAGAAGGAGCAGAAGAAUGGGGAGAGAAGGAGAAAGAGAGAAAUUGGCUGAAAAAAAGGAGGAAAAACGACAGGAAAGAGAGGAAAAAAAGAAGGAUGAGGAGGAGGAGGAGACUGAAGAAGAACAAGAACAAGAAGUAGGAGUAGCAAGUAGAGAAGGAGAAGGAGGAGGAUGAGAAGUGAGAGAGGAAAAGUAGGGGGAGAAGGAUGAAGAGAUGCAGAAGAUGGAGGAAGGAGAAAUAGAAGAGGA